AUGGCCAAAGCAGGGCAAGGGUCGCAUGUUAAAAAGCCUGCUGGAUCUAAAGUCGAAGUGACAAAGAUACUCGUGGACCCCAAAGAAUGUCCUUUUAGAGAAUUCAGGGACAAUGAAUUGUCGAAUGAAUAUUGGGGAAUGGGUACAGCGGCCUUCAGAGCAGUACAAAACCAACCUACGGGAAGCAAGCCAACGCCUAAUAAAAUGGCUUCCCCGACAACAAUAAACCAAUACUGGGUAGACGAACAGACUCAACCACUUCCCAGCUCAAUAAGAGACUACUUACACGAGUGGGUAAGAGCUGAGGACCUUGCUGCGAAUAGAUGGGACGCAGAAGUUGUUAUUUUUGAGGAUCCGAGGAUGACCGUGGUAGACACGCAACUUAGUCACACGCAAGUUCUACAUCGAUCCACUUACUGCAGAAAAGUCCUGUCAGCGUGUUAUAUCCUAGAAAGAACUGAUUUUACUGUGGAACACCAAUGGGAUUUAUUUACUGCAAGCUUCGGGCCAGAAGGGUGGAGGGCGCGUUACCACAUCUAUGCACCGGGGAUGAAGUCUGGUGGUGGACCACAACAUCGGCCUACCUUGUCCAAAAAUGGUUGUUACUUAGUCCGCUUGUACUACCUCGGCGCGUGGCGCUGCAUCUGGGUGUCGGAUCAAGUACCCGUCGACGCUAAUGGGUCCCCCCUGCUGCCGUUCUCCCCUCUAAUACUCCAUGUAGCUACUAAACCUAAACAGACUCCCGCUACUGUUACUUCGGGAGUGAUACAUUUGUGGCCUUUGUUGCUUUGUAAGGCACUCCUGAAACUAGCGGCUCCAGAAAUGUCACAAAUUAAUGACGACAGUUCUAACGCUGAUACGGAAGAUGAAGAAAUGUUGGAUUUCGAUAUUUUGCACGCACUUACUGGGUGUAUGAGUCAACGUUACUUUUUGCAAGAUCCAGACACGGCAUGGAAGCUGAUAACAUCUGAAGUGCCAGUGUUUGGGUGGGACGACGAUGAUGACGGAGCGAUGUCCAGCACGAACAAGACGAGAAGCACCAAGAAAGCCAGCGCCAAGGAAUCUCCUAACGUCAAGCAACGAUCCAUGCUCUCAGUGUGCAUAGAGGACAGUCAGCAAUUGCCGCCAUAUACUUUGCCUGGUGUCAGCCCCGGGUAUAGCAUGACCCUCGUCGUCACCAUGGCCAGGGAUGUGCCUUUGAAAAAACCGCUGCCCGAGCCUGAGAUCCCUCUCUGGAAGACCUACAGAUGGCUGGACUGGGCGCGCAGUCACGGUCUUUACGAGGCUUACGACUGUCCUCGCACCAGGUUCGUCAGAGUAAAUGGACUGCUAAAAUUGUCUUACGCACCUCAUCUACUGGAAGUUCAGAGUACCGAGUCGAUAACGAUGGUCUUCAGAGAAGAACACUCGAAAGCUGAUACCAAGAAAAAGGGACCAAAGGAUGUCAAACAAAAUGUAUCACAACAUACAAUGCAAACGUCGAUACUACAAAAAGAGGAGGCGAGGGAAUGGGUGCAAUUUUUGCCGCUACAAGAAUUGUCAAGAUAUAUCAAUAUUCUAUACUAUCCUAGUCAAUUCGAAUACACCUCAGCAGCCAGUAGCCCUCCACAAAGAUUGCAUAAGGUGCCAAAUAAAAAUUUAGAUAUACAAGCUCCCAAAGCGUCUCCUCUGUACUUCUCCAUCGAUGGUCCUGACGAUAACUACUUGAAAAUAUCAUUAUCAGUUCUUCAUCCACGUAUACUCUUAAACUGUGGGGUACCGAUUGAAGACUUCAUUGAAAAAGCACAUGUGUUGCUAGAAGUUUUUGAGUGGUUACGGAAUACAGAAAUCCCUUUGGCAAAAGCAUAUAUACAAACGAGAGGUUACGAUGCAGUCGAAGUCUGCUUCAAGCCUGGAAGACACUUUUGCAGGCUCUGGGUUCAUUCUCGUACUAAUUGGCAUGUAGCUAUGCUCAGUAGUUCAGUAAUACUCUUGGGCACACGUGACGUAAUUCAGAUGUCUGCAGCUAAAGAAUGCCCUUGGGUGUCCAGGUUCUUGAACAACUUGGGCGUAUCUUUUAAUAUUUGGAUGCGAUCCGACAAACCUGUAAACAUGCUCCUAGCUGAUAAGGAUUUUUACCAAUCUUACCAACCUGACCUGUAUUGGGACAAAGAAGUAGUAGGCUACAACAAAGCACUUCUCCAUUGGAUGUUCAGACAAGCCCUACAAUCUCACCUACUAAGGAGACUUCAGCCUUUAGAGUUCGAUCUCGUCUGUAAUUUUCUGAGAAAGUUAUUCAAAGAUCCAGACUUCGGAUUUCCCCCAAAACCGAAACCUUCAAGGGAUUUGCGAGAAAUUAUCUCUAAAGAUCCUUGUGACUGUAUUAUACCUGUAUCUGAGCAACUAGGGGAGGAAGAACAGCAUUCAUCACAACAUGAUCUAGACGAAAGAUCCGAGCAUACAGAACAUACAGUAACAGCUGAAGAGAAAUUGUCACCUGUUGACGACGCCAUAUUGUCUGAACUAUUAAAUCCGACAUCCAAUGUCUGCGAGCUGGCAGCGGAAGAGAUACCAUGUGGUGUAUUAAAAGAGGAAAGGGCGAAAUUGAUAAGAAAAUAUGAAGCUGCUACGCUUCUACAAGCCUCCUGGAGAGGCAGAUGGGCUCGAAAAUGUUUGACUACACCUGUAGCGGUAACGUCAGACGUAUAUAAGGUGCUAAACGAUCAUGCCUUCGGCAAUUUAGAAGCCCUCUCAGCAUUGAUGAACGAAUUCUUCGGCAUGUAUCCUGGAGCCAGAUAUGCCUAUUCUACAUCAUCAGCCUUGAGCGGUUCCUAUGGCAUACAUCAAUACACAGGCGUUGCCCUUAUGACGGCAAAAUGCAUAUGGGUUCCAUAUUUCCAAGGCGUCUUUUACUGUCACGCAUAUGUUAAAGUACAUUUCGAUGUCUUGAGUUCAUUAGAACAUAGUCUUGUCAUAGUUUACGAUAAUGAUAACGGAGAACAAUUGCCUCAAGCUUACAAUGCUCAUGUAACUUUUGAAUUUGAACCAAAUGCAUAUGGUUAUACAGUAAUGGGUUAUGGCUCCGUAAACAAACCAACAGGAGUUUUCCAUGAAGUUCAAUGGCAACUCACAGUAAUGGCUUCCAUAGAUCACGUAUUCCAUACCUGUGACAACGACCCUGACCUCUGUACUACACUACCUUUGCCUGGUGCCAGCAAAUUGCAUAUAGACGAGUUUUAUAUACCAAAUAGAAGGAAUAUUUUAGGAGGAAUUCAGAUCGCGGUCAGUAAGGUUGAAGCGGUCAGUUUCCGAGCAUCUGCUACUAAAACUGAUCUGGAAAUCGAAGCAGUAUUGCGAUCAAAGACAAAGGGAGGGGUUAUGGAAGAGCUCGCGAGAUGUAAAGGCAAAGGUGACAUUUUCUGGCCUUACAUUCGGCUGAAGCCACACGAUAAUAAUCAUAGCAGUUUACAGCUAUUAAGCAAGAAGUCUUAUUCGCAGAACAAUUUGCACGGAUCUGCGCCCAGCACAGCGAAAGAAAAGAAAGAUAAAACGGAUGCUAAGUUGAAAGAAAACGUUGAUCAAGAUAUUCCAAUAAUCACAGUACAUCAGCCGCUACCGGAUGAUCCGUAUACGGAGCUGGAGUGCUCGACUUCUGUCGGUGGAGGGGCCUUUUUAAAGAGGGACGAUGACAGGGAUCUGCUGUUUGCAAUUGCAAGAAGAUCUUGGGAAGCGAAGCAACCUGGCAGAAAUAUGAAAGGCGAAGAAAUAAGACAAGAAUUUCGAGAAGAAUUCCUGGCCUCAAUGAUUCAAACAAAACCUGCGAGCACUCAUGCAGUUGGUGAAGAAGGCUUCGUAGAAGAGUAUCUAGAAGAAGAAUCAAAAGCUGGAACCGUUCAAGGUCCUACACCUGUAUCUGAUACGAUUCUGGAAGAAUUAGAAGGAGAAGACGAAUUCCUUUACUAUACGAUGCCUGACCAAUUACGAGACAAGUUUGUGUCUCUAUGUUUUGUACCUCUAUGCACAAAGGAGCUGGUAGAAAGUGAAACUCUCUUACUGGCACCAGAAAUGGUAGAUGUAGCCAAAGCACAGCGAACCGAGCACCUUGAAGCAGCCUUAGAACGCAUGACUGAAUUGCAAAAUUACAAUGACGUUCAUGUGUUGGGGGGACAGAAACGCAGGAUCAUUUUACUGGAAAAACUUCUUGUGGAUGGUACAUGGCAACCCGACCUAGCUGAAGCCCUUGAAGAAAGAGAUGAGGCGAUAACAAGAGAAAUUCAUGAAGCUACACUUACCGCUAAGAAGAAAGUACAAGAAGCUGCUGCGGCAAAGAAGAUAGAAGUAGUGAAAAAGAAGAAGUAG